CUAAACCCCUCCCAAAAAAAAAUAAAAAAAAACACUUUUAAAUAAAAAAAAACUCUUUUUUAUUUUCCCAUUUUAUUUUUCUUCUUCCUUCGUUAUCUAAUCAUCAAAGCCAAUCUCUUUCUUUCUCUCUCUUCCCUCUUACUGUUUUCUCUCUCUAACUUUUUCUCUCUCCUCAGAUCAUCUCCCACGGUUCUCCGGCGAUUCCUCAGCGGUUUUUGGUUCCUCAACCCUAAAACCAUAAUACCCAGUUUACCAAUCCUCUCUGUUCUUUCAUAUCUUCAUCGUACAUAAUAUGUAUAACAUUUAAAAAACAUAAAGUUUCAAUUUUUUUUUUUUUUUUUGUAAUUAGUUGAAUCAUUAUUAUUUCAUUUGUGAUUAGUAGCAGAAUCAUUGUUAAGAUAGAGGAGGAAAAAAAAAAAUUUAAUUGAUUGUUGUUUGGAGAAAAAUCCCAAACGUUUUUUCCCCUCUUUGUUGUCGUUUGGUGUUUUUCUUUGUUUUUUAGUGUUUUGAAACGAAAAUUUGUAAAAAAAGAGGAAAAAUUUCGAUUUGGGGUGGUUGUGUUUUUGGUGGGUGUGAUUGAAAUUUGGAAGCUUUUGGGCUAGGCCAAUUUGGAGAUGGAGACACUUGUGUGAGGUUGAGGUUGUUGUUGGUGUUGUUGUUCAUAGUGGAAGAGGGUGAAGAGAACUUGGGGGGUUAUGAUUGAGGGUGAAUUUGAAGAAUCGUUGAUCGUUGUAUUGUGGGUAGUUGCUAUUUUGGUCUCUUUGGUGAUGGGGAUGAGGAAUGAUGGACAGAAACAACAGCUUCUUCAUCAAGGUGUUGGUGGUGGUGGCAAAACUAACGGCUUCAUUCCGAGCUCCUUUAGGGCUCUAUCCAGCUACCUGAGGAUCGUUUCAUCCGGUGCUUCCACCGUUGCACGCUCUGCUGCAUCGGUUGCUUCAUCGAUUGUGGAUAGGGACGAUGAUGCUGACCAUGAUCAGGUUAUCUGGGCUGGGUUUGACAAGUUAGAGGGUGAGGGUGAAGUUGUUCAGCAAGUACUUCUUCUAGGCUAUCGAUCUGGCUUCCAGGUUUGGCAUGUUGAUGAAUCAAAUAAUGUCCGGGACCUGGUUUCCAGACAUGAUGGUCCUGUUUCUUUUAUGCAAAUGAUACCAAAUCCAAUUGCAUCAAAUACAUCCGAAGACAAGUUUGCAAACAGUCGCCCAUUGUUGGUAGUUUGUGCUGAUGGGUUCUUUGCAGGAGGCAGCAAUGUUCAGGAUGGAUUGAUUGCCCCUUGCAAUGGCAGCACUUCAAACUCCCAUGACCAAAUGAAUGGCAACUAUCUGCCAACUACUGUUCAGUUUUAUUCUAUGAAAUCCCAAUCAUACGUUCAUGUACUGAAGUUUAGAUCAGUUGUUUAUUCUGUAAGGUGCAGUUCUCGAAUAAUUGCUGUUUCUCAAUCCACUCAGAUACACUGUUUUGGUGCUACCACAUUAGAGAGGGAAUAUACUUUACUUACCAAUCCUAUAGUAAUGAGUUGUCCUGGUUCUGGAGGCAUAGGUUAUGGACCACUUGCUGUUGGUCCAAGAUGGCUGGCUUAUAGUGGAAGUCCAGUUGCAGUCUCCACUUCUGGACAUGUCAUCCCGCAACAUUUGACACCUUCUGCAAGCUUUCCUGGUUUUUCUUCAAAUGGAAGCUUUAUUGCACACUAUGCCAAAGAGUCCAGCAAGCAUCUUGCUUCUGGGAUUGUGACCCUUGGAGAUAUGGGGUAUAAGAAACUAUCCCGAUACUACUCUGAUAGCAAUGGUUCAUUACAAUCUGUAAAUUCUGGCGCAAAGGGCAAUGGAACUAUUAAUGGCCAUUCCACAGAUGCAGAUAACAUUGGAAUGGUCAUUGUUAAAGAUAUCGUCACUAAAAACGUUGUUGCCCAAUUCCGGGCCCACAAGAGUCCCAUUUCAGCCUUAUGCUUUGAUCCUAGUGGAACCAUAUUAGUGACUGCUUCUGUUCAGGGUCAUAAUAUAAAUGUUUUUAAAAUAAUGCCUGGACGUGAGAAUUUGUCAGCAUCUGAUGCUGGUCCUUCUUAUGUUCAUUUGUACAGGCUGCAACGUGGUUUUACAAAUGCGGUUAUACAAGAUAUCAGUUUUAGUGAUGACAGCAAAUGGAUAAUGAUUAGUUCCUCAAGGGGCACUAGCCAUCUAUUUGCCAUAAACCCUCAAGGAGGGUAUGUAAAUAUUCAGUCUAAUGAUGAUAGUUUUACGGCAAAAAAUAGCGGAUUGGGCGUUACGGCUAAUCAGCCAGUUCGCUGGUCUCAUAGUUCAGCCAUACAAAUGCCUAAACAACAAAGCCUGUUUGCCGCUGGCCCUCCAAUCACACUUUCUGUAGUAAGCAGAAUUAGGAAUGGAACUAAUGGCUGGAGAGGCACUGUAAGUGGUGCUGCUGCGGCCGCGACUGGUAGGAAGGGUUCUCUUUAUGGGGCUAUUGCUUCAUCUUUCCGUAACUGUAAAGGCAAUGGUGCCUUGUAUGUUGAAGGGAACUAUUCAAAGCCAAAGUAUCACUUAUUGGUCUUUUCACCCACUGGUUCCAUGAUACAAUAUGCACUGCGGACAUUAACUGGUCAAGAUUCAGCUGUUGUUUCUGGAUUAACUCCUGCUUAUGAAUCGGCUCCGCAGGCUGAUACAAGAUUAGUAGUUGAGGCUAUUCAUAAAUGGAAUAUAUGUCAGAGUCAUAGCCGGAGAGAGCGAGAAGAUAACGUUGACAUAUAUGGUGAGAAUGGAAUUUCAGACAGCAAUAAGAUAUAUCCGGAAGAAGUGCAGGAGGAGAACAUCGUUAGCCCUAAAAUCAAGAAUGGAGUCAUGAAAGGGAAUCCCAGUCUUGAGGAAGAGCAUCAUUUGUAUAUUUCAGAAGCUGAACUGCAAAUGCAUCAAGCUCAGGUUCCAUUGUGGGCAAAGCCAGAGAUAUAUUUUCAUCCAAUGUUGAAAGAGUCUACCAUAAUGGAUGAAGAAGCUGCUUCAGGAGGGGAAUUUGAGAUUGAAAGGAUUCCAACUCGCAUGAUUGAAGCUAGGCCAAAACACUUGGUUCCAAUUUUUGACUAUACUCAGGCCCCAAAAUUACAACAAAGAACUCCUACGGUGGAUAGCAAGAUAAAUGAACAACUGUUGCAUCACAGUAAUGGCAGGGUUUCACCCAGGAUUGUUCUUGGAUCUCCUGAGUGUGUGACUAAUUCUGGUGAUGCUGUUACUGAUUUUAAAAGUGGGAUUGAAGGAACUGAGUGGGAUAAUCAUUUGGUGCCUUCUGAAAUGAUGGGCUUUGUAAAUAACAAUGACACCCUUAAACCAAAUACUCAGCUUGAGAUUGUAAAUAAUACGAGGGAGCACUCAAACUUGGAGGAGGCUCAACUCAUGUUUGUAAAUAGUGACACAAGGCCUGACAAUGAAGAAUCAUUUUGAAGGAAAUGGAGAUGAAUUUGAUUGAAGGCAUGGAAAUAUUCUUUCAUUUCGCACUGGAGGCUUAAUUAACUCUGUUAAUAUAAUAUGGUUGGAGAGGUAGAGAAGCUUGAGGAGUAGGGGCUUGACUCCCAUAAAAAAUUGUGGAUACUACUACGUUGGGUUUCUUUUUCUGUUGACAAUGUAAAUAACAGACACUUGUAUAUCAAUAAUUAGUUUUUAAUGUGUAAAUAAUAGCAUCACCUUGUAUCUUCUCCUUUCCUUUUUUAUUCUAUUAAUUAAAAUUGA